CCAGACACACUUCACCAGUUACCCUCCUGACUGCGUAGCGUUACUACCUUGCCGCUCCACCUGCCAUUUUCCUCUUAUCGUUUGUCUACUCAUAAUCUCUGAGUUAAAAACAUAUUAUUGUGCAUAUCUAGAGCGAGGAUAAUGUGACACAGGAAGGGAACACGGCCAAUAUUAGCAGCAAAUUGGACUCGUGGGUGCAGGACAAUGAUAUACAAAUUAUUAUAACAUAAAAGUGAUGACGCUUACAUAAAGGUGAUCUGGUGUUCUUACAAAUAAAAUGAAGACAAUUGCAGUGAAGGCGGUGGUGUUGGGGACUCAAGGUGUGGGAAAGACGUCGCUAGUGACGUGCUACGAGACCAAGACCUUCCACAGGAACACCAGCUCCACCAUCGGCGCCUCCUUCAGCAAGGUGGAAAUAUUCCUGAGCGGCACAAAGGUCAAGAUGCAGGUGUGGGACACAGCCGGACAAGAAAGAUUUCGCUCUAUGGCGCCCAUGUACUAUCGAGGAGCCAAUGCUGCUUUCCUGGUGUUUGACUUGACAAAAUAUGACACCUUUACUGACGUGCAGUCUUGGGUUAAUGAGUUGACGACCUGUGUGGGUGAUGGACUGAUGCUGGUGGUGGUGGGUAACAAGAAGGAUCUCCAGGAUGACAGAGCUGUCGACACCAACACUGCAGAAGAAUAUGCUGACUCCAUAGGAGCUGCCUUCGUGGAGACAUCUGCUCGUGAUAACUCGGGUGUGGAAGACAUGUUCAACAUAGUGGCUAUUGAGAUGGUCAGACGAGCUGAGAGUGACGAAAAUUCCAGUCUUAGAAUAUAUUCAUCUGAAGGAAAGAAUGAAUGGGAUGACAGUGCGUCAUCGAGCAUCACUUUAAGUGAUAGUUCUGUGCUGGAGAAGAGAGAUGGAUGCUGCUAACGUCAUCACAAUAAACUGCUGAAAAUUUCUAUGCCAAAAAUAGUAUUUUGAGUAAAUCUUCCUAAACAGGAAAGUAUAUUGAAUAUUUUAACAAAUGCAUGUCACUAGGAGAAUGUGAAUUUUAGUAUAUUUAUAAAAUAUUUUUAAUAGAAAUUGCCCAAAGACUUAUGUAAACUGAGAACUGAAUUAAUAUUAAAAUUGAAUUGAAUAAAUAACUUCUAAUGUUUCUUGCUAGGAAUAAUAUUUAGGUUUACAAUUUGGUUAAUGGAUUAUAUUUUCUUUCCAGAUAACAAAUAAUAUAUUAUUUACAUGAAAUAGAAUAAAUAGCCUAAUAUUUGUCUUUUUGUAUAUUUUUAUAAAUAUUUUUAUUUACAAUAAUCAAAAUAUACAUUAUCUGUUACAUAAUAAUAUAUUAUGUAAACUGUAUUAUUGCAUAUUAGAUACUAUAAUCAUUUCUUAAAAUUACAAUAAAACUCAAUUGAAACAUAACACACUAUUGAAAUAAUAACACACUGGCUUUUUUUUUUUUUUUAAGAAAAGGUCAGUCAUGUCUGUCUGUCCGGCACUUGAAAGCAACUAUGUGGAAGACUUUUGGAUUUGGAACAAAGCAAAAAAAUACACACGAUAAAAAGUUUCUAGGUUACAUAGGAAUAUUAUA